CUGAAUUCAUGAUUGUAUCAAGCUUAUCUUGCAAAGAUUUUAAAACUUUUUGGAUGAAUAAUCAUGAGCCUUCAAAAAAUUGUAUCUUUUCUUGACUUCAUAAAAUGAUCAAGUGAUUAAGCAUUUUUGUCACACUGUUAUGGAUUUCUUUUCUCAUGCUAUAAAUAACUAAUUCUAUCUGUAUUUGUGAUAAAACGCUGAUUUCUGAAAUACACUGAGACAAAGGACCCCUUCGAGAGGUUAACUGUGAUAAAUUUAGUUGAAGAACAUUGCUCUCUCCAAACAGUACGAUAAUACAAGUCAAAACAUUCAGACAUGGCAGCCAAUGGUAAAUUAGCUCUGCUCAGCGUGUCCGACAAGACCGGCCUACUGCCGCUAGCGAAAUGCCUUUCCGAUAUUGGCCUCGGAUUGGUGGGCAGUGGUGGGACCGCGACAACCCUCCGCAACGCUGGCCUCAAAGUUUUAGACGUUUCCGAGAUAACCGGCGCACCUGAAAUGCUCGGAGGACGGGUUAAAUCAUUGCAUCCAGCUGUACAUGCGGGAAUACUAUCCAGGUUAACAGAUUCCGACCAGGCUGACAUGAAGCGACAGAAGUUUGAUAUGAUCAGCGUCGUAGUUUGCAAUCUGUACCCGUUCGUUGAAACUGUGUCCAAGGCGAAUGUCACCAUAGCCGACGCUGUAGAAAACAUCGACAUUGGCGGCGUCACGUUACUUAGAGCAGCGGCUAAGAACCACGAUAGAGUCACUGUUAUCUGUGAUCCCAGUGAUUACGACAAGCUCAUUGACGAGUUCAAGCAAAGCAAGGAUCAUCAGACUUCUUUAGAGACCAGGCAAAAAUUAGCACUAAAAGCUUUUACACACACAUCCCAAUAUGAUGUUAACAUCUCCGACUAUUUCCGUAAACAAUACUCCGCUGGUGAAGCACAAUUAACCUUAAGAUAUGGCAUGAACCCGCACCAAAAGCCAGCUCAGGUGUUCACAACGCGUGACAAUUUGCCCUUGAAGACUAUAAAUGGCUCACCGGGCUUUAUAAACCUCUGCGACGCGCUCAACGCGUGGCAACUGGUCGCUGAACUGAAGCAGGCUCUUGGGCUCCCGGCUGCGACUAGUUUUAAGCAUGUAUCGCCGGCCGGGGCCGCUAUCGGUCUGCCUUUGUCUGACGAAGAAGCAUCUGUAUGCAUGGUGUCGGACUUGCUGCCCAAACUGACGCCACUAGCGUGCGCGUACGCACGCGCUCGGGGCGCCGACCGCAUGAGUUCCUUCGGGGACUUCAUCGCCUUGUCAGACACGUGCGAUGAGAUCACCGCGCGGAUCAUCUCGAGGGAAGUUUCUGAUGGGAUCAUUGCUCCAGGAUACACUCCUGAAGCGCUCGAACUGUUGAAAAAGAAAAAAGGUGGCGGCUACUGCGUUUUGCAAAUGGACCCGAACUAUGCGCCAGAUUUAAUGGAGCAAAAAACUAUCUUCGGUCUCACCUUAGAACAGAGACGUAACGACGCUAAGAUAACUUCGGAGCUAUUCAAUAAUGUUGUGACAGAGAAUAAGAACCUCCCGUCCAAUGCCGUGAGGGAUCUCAUCGUAGCAACUAUUGCUCUGAAAUACACUCAGAGUAACUCUGUCUGCUUCGCCAGAGACGGACAGGUGAUAGGAAUCGGGGCAGGACAGCAAUCGCGCAUCCACUGCACCCGACUGGCGGGGGGUAAAGCGGCGUUGUGGUGGACGCGGUACCACCCUCGAGUGCGCUCCCUACGCUUCCGGCAAGGAGUCACGCGUGCGGUCAUAUCCAACGCGAUUGACAACUACGUCAACGGCACUGUUGGUACGGAUCUACCUCUAGACCAGUGGAACUCCCUGUUCGAGGGCUCUCCACCCGCCCUCCUCACAGCGCAAGAAAGAGACGAGUGGGUCAAGAAGAUGGACAAAGUGGCCCUCGCUUCUGAUGCGUUCUUCCCCUUCAGAGACAACAUUGACAGAGCUGUGCAGUGCGGUGUCGAAUAUAUCGGCAGCCCCGCCGGCUCUAACAAUGACAAGGAGGUUAUUCUAGCUUGCAACGAGAACAAGAUCAUUCUCGCGCACACCAAUCUACGGCUAUUCCAUCAUUAAAGUUAUUAACUACUAGCUGUUGUCCGCGUUUAUCAAAAAUCCUGUGGGAACCGCUUCUUUUUUGGGAUAAAAAGUAAACUAUGUUACUCUACGUUUUUCAACUAGCUCUAUGCCAAAAACCAAGUUGAUGGGUUGCUUAGUUAGGGGCUAGAGGAAGGGCAAACAAACAAACACUUUCACAUUUUUAUUAUUAGUAAGGAUUGGAUUGUACGCGACUUCAGCAAUGAACAUUAAGCUUGGAAAAUCACUGUAAAGUCAACAUCUGAGGAUGCUCCGGUGUCGGAGCGAAACGUGCGCUGAGAGUGAAUUUCGGAAGAUAUCUUUGGGAGUAUAAAGAUAGAAGAAGUUUUGUAUUGCACUUUACAGAUUUUCCCAGAUUUCGCAGUUUAUAGAAAACUAGCUGCGUACUGCUACGAAUAAGUCCCUAAAAUAUUUAUCAAUUAUGUAAGUACCCAUAACACAAGCUACGCUUAAUUUGGGGCUAGGUGGACAUGUCUGUUUUGUCGCAGUAUAUUUAUUCAUAAUAUUAAUAUCGAUUGAGAUUUAAAAUCACUGUAUAUCAUGGAAUUCCGCAAAGUAACGCCUUAUUCUAUCCAAUAUUUUAAAACGUGACUUGCAAUUCGUUUGUUUGGCGUGAAAUCCCGAAAUAAAAUAAUGUAUUAAAACCUAGGCAUUAUUAACGCUGCAUAACAUCAGAAGUGUUUUAAAUGACAGAAAGAUCAAGUUAAGGCCUUUCUAAAUUAUGCCAUUUUUAAUAACUCCCAAAGAGGUCUUUUUGGAUCAUGGUGCACUCAGAGGCAGGUACAUUGUUAAAAAAUGAAUGAAAUCGUGCCUUAGAGUAUUAUAAUGUUAGGAUUUUUAUAAUACUUUGAAUAUUUUUUUAUAUGUUUAAUUAUAGCAUCUGUUGUAUCUGCAAUUAUAGUUUUAGAAAAACUUGGCGCUAAUUAAGCUGUACUGAAUCUCCAAGAUUCUCUAUUUAAGUACAAAAGUAGUAAUACUUGUAUUUGUUAUUAACAUUCCGAAAGGUUUAUUUUGUAUACAAUAUAUUUUAAUACUUAAAAAAAAUACAUUAAAAAAACAAAAAUUA